AUGCGCCUACAACACGCCUCACCCUUCUUCCUCGCCUUCUACGUCUUCCUCCGACCACAUUGCGUUCGAGCCGAGCCGCAGUGCGCCAUAGACCCCAAUUCAAUCGUUACCGAUGCAUGCACCUCAUAUUCCGACCUCGAGACUUUAAACGCCCAGUUGGCUCCCUCGCUUGAGGAGCUGACCCAACGAACCGACUUCUUCGCCUAUUAUAGAUUAAACCUGUACAACAAAGUCUGCCCUUUCUGGAGCGACGAGAACUCCCUCUGUGGGAACCGUGCCUGUGCGGUCGACACCAUAGAAGAUGAAAGCGAAAUACCCAUGAUCUGGCGAGCGGAAGAAUUGAGCAAACUGGAGGGGGCGAGGGCCAAACACCCCCCUCGAGCCCUGCAACGAGAGCGGCCCAAGAACAGGCCCUUGCAGUACCAGCUGGGAGAGAAUGUCGAUGAAAGCUGUGUGCUGGAAGACGACGACGAGUGCGACGAGCGAGACUAUUGUAUCCCUGAAGACGAGGGCGCCGCCGGCAAAGGAGACUAUGUCAGUCUGGUCAACAACACCGAAAAAUAUACCGGUUACUCUGGAAUGGGUGCUCGCCAGGUCUGGGAUUCCAUCUACAAGGAGAACUGCUUUUCCACAAAGGCUCCGAGACAUGCAACCCUGCAGCCGAAACCACUUCAAGCCGCCCAAAGCCUUGCGAACAUUUUCCAAGAAUACGGCCGCCACAAAGUCGAUGCUACGGAUGACCUGUAUCCUCUGGACGACGAAUGUCUCGAGCAAAGAGCAUUUUACCGAAUCGUGAGCGGAAUGCACGCUUCGAUCUCGACCCACUUGUGCUGGGAUUUUUUCAACCAGACAACUGGAGAAUGGGUGCGCAAUCUCGACUGCUACAAGGAGAGACUCCACGGCUUCCCCGAGCGGGUGUCCAACGUUUACUUCAACUACGCAAUCCUCACACGUGCGGUCGCGAAGGUCAGGAAGCACCUGGAGUCCUACACAUUCUGCUCCGGAGAUCCAGAUCAGGACUACGAAACCAAGCAGAAGGUCCUCGCAUUGGCCGACAAAGCGGCAUCUGGGCCAAAUACGUUCGACGAGUCUGUCAUGUUUCAGGAUCCCUCUGUGAUCGAUCUCAAGGAUGACUUCCGCAAUCGAUUUCGGAAUGUGUCUCGUCUCAUGGACUGUGUCGGAUGUGACAAAUGCCGACUAUGGGGCAAAGUGCAGACCGCGGGGUACGGCGCCGCAUUGAAAAUCCUAUUCGAAUACGAUGAGAAAAAGAACGGUGAAAAUCCACAUCUGAGGAGAACCGAACUGGUCGCAUUGGUCAACACUCUGGGCCGCGUCAGUCACAGUCUGGAUGCGAUCCAGAGAUUCCGAUAUGCCGUCAACACCGGUGACCACAACGUUCUUGACUCCACAACACCGAUACCCCAGGCAAAAGAGCCAGCCGCUGCAGAGAAAACAGAAAAGGCAUCUGACACGGUGCAUGACGAGGACGAGGACGAGGACGUCGACCUGGACCAAGACCCGUACGAGAGCUCCGAGCACCCGCAACGCGCUGCUCGAACCAUUUCCGAAGAGUUCAGGGACGAGUGGAACCUCGUCUGGCGCACCUACGUAAUGGUUCUGAAAAGCUGGUACGAAAUGCCCUUCAAAUUCGCCGCCAUCAUGGUCAUGGAGCUGAACCGGCUCUGGAACUACUGGAUCGGGCUGCCCGUGCCGCCUCGAUCGUGGGAUUUCCACUUCCCUACCAGGGAUGAGUUGUAA